AUGAAAGUGAUACAUAACAUGACGAUUCAUCUUUUGUUAGCCAUGAUUGGUACCUUUGUCGUUAUUGUUGGAGCGCAAACACAAGAAGGAUUCAUCAGUUUGGAUUGUGGAUUACCUGUGGAGGAAUCUCCUUACGAUGAUUCGUUUAAUGGACUGACGUUCACAUCGGAUUCGGCAUUCAUCCAAACAGGGAAAAGUAGUAGAGUCGAUAGAAGUAUCAUAUUAUCAAAACAAUAUUUGACUCUAAGAUACUUUCCUGAAGGCAAGCGCAACUGUUAUAAUCUAGAUGUCAAGCGUGGCACAAACUAUCUCAUCGCGGUCAGCUCAGUAUAUGGGAAUUAUGAUGGUCUUAAUCUUGAUCCAAGCUUCGAUAUCUAUAUUGGUCCCAAUAAGUGGAUUAGUAUUGAUUUGGCAGGAAGGCAAAAUGGUACACUAGAUGAGAUCAUAUACAAAGCUAGAUCAAACUCUUUGGAUAUUUGUCUUGUUAAGACAGGAGCAACGUUGCCAAUAAUUUCAGCCAUCGAAAUACGGCCACUAAGAAAUAAUACUUAUGUUACCAAAUCUGGUUCACUGAGGCUGUCUUACCGGGUUUAUCUUAACAAUUCCAAUGGGUUUAUAAGGUACCCUGAUGACGUCCGUGAUCGUAUUUGGGAUCCAUUUUUCGGCUCUUCAUAUACGCAGAUAACAACCAAUCUCGAUGUAAACAACUCAAAUGCAUAUGAGAUACCAAAAACUGCUCUCCAAAGUGCUGCCAUACCAAAAAACGCCAGUGGGCCGUUAGUCAUCAUUUGGAAACCCAAACCUUCUAAUGCUCAAGUGUACUUAUACAUGCACUUCGCUGAGAUCCAAACUCUAGGACCCAACGAGAGGAGAGAAUUCGACGUUAUCUUGAAAGGAAACUUUAACCAUUCAGGUUUUAGUCCUACCAAGUUAAAGGUAUUUACAUUGUUCACAGAAGAACCAAUGAAAUGUGAUUCCGAAGGUUGCCGUUUAGAGCUAAUAAAAACUCCAAAAUCAACUCUUCCACCUCUAAUCAAUGCCCUCGAAGCUUACACGGUUAUCGAAUUCCCACAAUUGGAAACAAGCCUAAGUGAUGUUGACGCUAUGAAGAACAUCAAAGUUACUUAUCGAGUGAGUAAAAUAAGUUGGCAAGGAGAUCCAUGUCUCCCUAAAGAUUGGUCGUGGGAAAAUGUUAAUUGCACUUACGUAGAUCUCGCCACACCACCAAGAAUCAAUUCCUUAAACUUGUCCAAAAGUGGAUUAACUGGGAGCAUAUCUCCAGCUUUACAGAAUCUCACACAAUUACAAGAACUGGACUUAUCGAAUAACAAUCUGACUGGACCAGUGCCUAGCUUUCUUGCUAGCAUGAAAACGUUGUCCUUGAUACUUGAAGGAAAUCCAGAUUUGUGCAAAACUAGUUUAUGCAAUCCAACAAAGAAAAAGAAAUUCUUGCUACCGGCUAUUGCAUCCGCUGCUUCCCUGCUUGUUAUAAUAGUGGUGGUCGUGGCACUUAUUUUUAUUUUCCGAAAGAAAAAGGUGCCUUCAGAUCAACAUGCUCCAUCACCACCAAGUGUGCCCGUAACGGAUAUUGGGAACAAUAGUCAGUCAGAAUCAUCAUUCCUAUCAACGAAGAUUAGGUUUACUUAUCUUGAGGUUCAAGAAAUGACAAAUAAAUUUGAAAGAGCUCUCGGUGAAGGAGGGUUUGGAGUCGUUUAUCACGGUUGUGUUAAUGGUACCCAACAAGUAGCUGUUAAAGUUCUCUCUCAGUCAUCAUCUCAAGGCUAUAAGCAUUUUAAAGCAGAAGUGGAGUUGCUUAUGAGAGUUCACCAUAUAAAUUUGGUGAGUCUUGUUGGGUAUUGUGAUGAAGGAGAUCACUUGGCCCUCAUAUACGAAUACAUGCCAAAUGGAGACUUAAAGCAACAUUUGUCAGGGAAGCGUGGUGGAUUUGUUCUGAGCUGGGAAAAUAGACUAAAAAUAGCUGUGGAUUCAGCAUUAGGAUUGGAGUACUUGCACACAGGAUGUAUACCACCCAUUGUUCAUAGAGAUAUCAAAACUACAAACAUACUUUUGGACCAAAAUUUCCAAGGCAAACUAGCCGAUUUUGGGCUUUCAAGAUCUUUUCCCACCGGGAAUGAAACAUAUGUAUCAACAGUUGUUGCUGGCACUCCUGGAUAUCUUGAUCCCGAGUAUUAUCAAACUAAUUGGUUGACAGAAAAGAGUGAUAUAUACAGUUUCGGAAUUGUGUUAUUGGAGAUCAUUACAAACCAACCCAUAAUUCAGAAAUCUCGUGAAAAGCCUGACUUAGUAGAAUGGAUCAGCUCUAUGAUAACAAAAGGAGAUAUUAAAAGUAUUAUGGAUCCAAACCUCCACCAAAAUUAUGACAUUGGUUCUGUCUGGAAAGCCAUUGAAGUAGCAAUGUCAUGUGUGAGCCCUUCUUCAAUACGAAGACCAAACAUGUCUCGAGUUGUUAAUGAUCUAAAAGAGUGUCUGUUAUCAGAAAACUCGAGGACAGGAGAGAGUCGGGACGUGGAAUCAAAAGGUUCUAUGGAAUUCAGCAGAGGCAUUUACACCGAGGUGAUUCCAAAGGCACGCUAA